GAUGUGUGUUCGUGUUACAAAAUGUGCGUGCUAAUACAAAGGAUAUGUGAUACUGCGUACCUGGUAUAGUAUGUCGCUACAGAAUUACGUGAUAUUCAUUUUGCAAUGAAGGUAACAGCUUAAUCAUUCUCAAAAGAAAUCAUCUUUAUACACCACGUCGUGAUUCUACAUUCAGAGGCAACGACGUAGUAUUAUACUUUCCAACUGUACUUUUUCUCUAAGUAAUCAUACGUUAUAGCAGAAUUUUUACUUCUGGCGACCAAGUAAUCAAUAUGUGAGAAAUUGCUAGUUGCACAUGCACUGUAGGGGGUAAUAAUCGCACACGCCCUCUCUCAAGCACACGUGAUACACCAAUUCAUAUAUUUUUCAUGUUUGUCAAUUUCUUAUUUGUUUCUGCCACCGUAUCGCUUCCACUCUACGCGGAAAAGUUCGCUUUAAGUAAGAUACGUAUCUAUUAUCAAGCGAUCGAAUGUCUCGAUAGAUCAAAGCGAUGUCACUUCAAGUCACCUUUUCGCUAGGAACCUUUUCUCGCUAAAUUUUCUAGCUGUCGCAUGAUUUAAAGAUCAAGAUCGAGAAAAACGAUCGUCAUGCAUACGACACGAUACACGGAUAUCUCAAUCACGUUGUCACAGUUUCUAUUAAAACUCGCGGGUGUCUGGAUGACAGUGAAUAACGCCGAAGAACGUCGAAGAAGACUCACUAUGGCGUUUACUGCCGUUAUACAUGUUUACGGAUUAUAUCUAAAUCUCGGCGAUGCUUAUUACACGUGGAACGAUUUGAGCCAUUGUACCUUCUUGCUCUCUAAUACAUUAUGCAUCAUAUUGGCGAUGUUCAAGCUUUUGAUAUUAAAUUUUCGCAGAACGGAAUUUAAGGAUUUAGUUUUAUUUGCACAACAAAAUUUUUGGCAUUUCAAGUACGACCAUGAUGAGAAAAUACUUUUCAUGAAGUGCCGAAAAUUGUGCAAGCUGUGGACCAUAACGGCAUGCUCUUUCACGCAAGCCUCCUUGGCAUUUUACAUAAUUACGCCAAUCUGCGCGAAUAUCGGAAAAAACAAAUCGGAUAGGGUACUUCCGUUCAAAAUGUGGGUCGAUCUGCCGCUAAGUGUGACACCGUAUUACGAAAUAAUGUUUGUUAUUCAGCUAGCGACUGUGCAACAAAUCGGUGUAACGUAUUUGUGCAACGACAACUUCUUAUGCAUACUGAAUAUGCACGUGAUCUGUCAAUUCCGCAUGCUCCAUAACAGACUUUUGAAUUUAUGGAAGAUCAUCGACCAGAAAACGGAUAAGAUCGAUUACGCCGACAAGUGUUACAUAGCGUUGAAAAAAUGCAUUCGGCAGCAUCAGUCGUUGAUCAAAUUCUGCGAGAAGCUCGAGUAUGUUAAUACUUUUCCGAUCUUCGGCCAUGUAGUGGUCUUUAGCUUGCUAAUGUGCUUCGACACGUACGAGAUACUUUUGGCAAAUGUAUCCACUGGUACACGACUGAUCUUCGUGUUCCACAUGGUCGGUAGCUUUAUCCAUAUAAUUUUCUUCACGUACACUUGCCACGGUUUAAUAGAGGAAAGUUCGAAUAUUAGCUUGGCAACGUACUCAGGCUGGUGGACGAUUCUACCAAUGACCGAAACUGGCAGAAUGUUACGAGAAGACGUGAAGGUGAUGAUGAUGAAAUCAAUGCGACCAUGCUACCUGUCCGCUGGUGGAUUUUUUCCUAUAUCUUUGGAAACAUCUACCGCGCUGAUGAGUACUACAAUGUCAUACUUCACGCUCAUGAGGGAAUCAUCUGUGAAAAAUGCGGAUAAAUAAUCCAUCAUAUAUAUACAAGUACCUAUAUCAUGAAAAUAUUUGAAUAUA